AUGACAGGACACCGCCAUCGCACGCGCUCCCGCUCCCGCUCCCCGUACCAUCAUGACCCUAAACCUUCCCACCACCAUUCCUACCGUUCCCGGUCUGGCGAACUGUCAUCUGGCCAGCACCAGCACACCAGAAAGUCUUCCACGGCUACUACUACAACCACUACCAAGCCACUGCCAUACGGAGCGCGAGAGCUUUCACGACAUGACCUUCCCACCUAUCGUCCCUUAUUCGCUCUCUAUCUGGACAUCCAGAAACAAAUAAACAUCGAGGAGCUGGACGAUAUGGAGGUGAAGGGCCGGUGGAAGAGUUUCCUGGGGAAAUGGAAUCGUGGAGAACUUGCGCAGGGCUGGUAUGAUCCGACGACGUUGGAAAAGGCGAGGGCACAGGACCAAGAAGCCUCACCUGCCCUCAAUCGGAGGAGGACAAGUCCAAGACCGGAUCAGACGAGAAUGUCUGACUCUCGACCGUCGGCUCAGAGCAACGAUGAUGACACCGAAGAAGACGUAGACUUUGGUCCUAUCCUUCCCUCAUCCCUCACAACCCGAGCCGAACAUGACGACUCCUCCCUCAUGGCUCGACGUGGUCAAGGCGCCUCCAUCCCUUCCCUCGACGACCUCCGCGCACGAGAUGACCAGGUACUUGAAGAGUCGCACGCCGCGCGGCGAGAGCAUACGCAAAACCUCCGCCACGAACGUCAUCUCGACCGCAAGAUGCAAAAGGAGCGUCUGGACGAACUCGUCCCGCGUGCCGAGCCAGGGAGCCGCGAGCGCCAACUGGAGAAAAAACGCGAGCGUGCCGACGCGAAUCGUUCAUUUGCAGCUUCCAAGGACGCAGCCGGCGAGGUGGAUGUCAUGGACUCGGAGCUCAUGGGGGACGAGGAUGGAGGUCUAGCAGAUAUGAGGAGGUUGAAAAAGGAGCAGGAGAGAAAGAAGAACGAGAGAGAACUUCGGAGAGAGGAGAUACUGAGGGCCAGACGCGCCGAGCGCGAAAUCAAGUUACAGGCGGUUAGAGAAAAGGAGGAGAAGACCAUGAGUAUUUUCAAGGAGAUUGCACGGCAGCGCUUCGGAGGGGGAGACGCUUCAUGA